AGUUACCAGGGGGGCUACGAAAGGACUGGUGCAUUCUGGGAAACAUAUCCAAGUCUCGCAGAGAAACAUGCAGUCGAUUUUUGCAAAGAAUGGAGAGGAAACUCCCGAGCCAGUAAAAGCUCAAGUGAACGGAUCCAUCCCGUCCUGGCUGCAGGGGACUCUGCUGAGGAACGGACCCGGUCUUUUCUCCGUGGGCAGCUCAGAGUACAACCACUGGUUUGACGGCAUGUCGCUCAUCCACAGCUUCACCUUCGGCAACGGAGAGGUGACUUACAGGAGUAAGUUUCUGAAGAGUGAGACCUACAAGAGGAACAUCAAGGCCGACAGGAUUGUCGUCUCCGAGUUUGGAACCAUGAUCUACCCAGAUCCCUGCAAAAACAUAUUUUCCAGGGCAUUCACACACCUGAGCAACGUCAUCCCUGACUUCACUGACAACAACUUGAUUAACAUCAUUCGCUAUGGUCAGGACUACUACGCCUCCUCUGAGGUCAACUACAUGAACCAGAUUGAUCCUGAUACGCUGGAAACUGUCGGCAGGAUUAACUACAGGAACCACAUCGCUCUGAAUUUGGCAACGGCCCACCCUCACUACGACAACGAGGGCAACACCUACAACAUGGGUACCGCCAUCAUGGGCUUGGGACUGCCAAAGUACGUCAUCUUCAAAGUCCCAGCUGAUGCUUCAGAUAAAGAGCACAAGAAGCCGGCGCUGAGGAAGGUCCAGCAGGUCUGUUCCAUCCCAUUUCGUUCCACUCUGUUCCCGAGCUACUUCCACAGCUUCGGCAUGACCGAAAACUACAUUGUGUUCGUGGAGCAGCCCUUUACAUUGGAUAUCAUUAAACUGGCCACCGCCUACUUCAGAGGGGUCAACUGGGGGAGCUGCCUCAAAUUUGAUAAGGACGAUACUACCUUGUUUCACGUCAUCAACAGAAAGACAGGAAAGGCCAUGUCCACCCGCUUCUACGGCGACGCCCUGGUGGUUUUCCACCACCUCAACGCGUACGAGGAAGACGGCCACGUGGUUUUUGACCUGAUCGCAUACGAGAACAGCAACCUGUAUGAAAUGUUCUACAUCCAGAACAUGACGCAGGAGACCAGCAAUUUCGUCGAGUCCAACAAGAAGUUCUCACCGCCGGUCGCCCAGAGGUUCGUCCUACCGAUCAACAUCAACAAGGAGUCUCCCCGAGGAUCUAACUUGGUGACUCUGACAGACACAACGGCCCAGGCGGUGAUGCAGGAGGACGGCACCAUCUACUGCAAGCCGGACAUCCUGUUUGAAGGUCUGGAGCUGCCAGGGAUCAACUACAACUUUAACACCAAGAAGUACAGAUACUUCUACGGCUCCAGGGUCGAGUGGUCGCCGCAUCCCAACAAGAUCGCCAAAUUUGACAUCCUCACCAGGAAACACAUCGAGUGGCGUCAGGAGAACUGUUACCCUUCAGAGCCGGUGUUUGUGGCAUCUCCGGGAGCCGUGGAGGAAGACGAUGGUGUGAUCUUAUCGUCCGUCAUCUCUCCGGAUCCGAACAUCUCUCCGUUCAUGCUCGUCCUCAACGGCAAAACCUUCGAGGAGAUCGCCCGAGCCUCGAUCCCCGCUACUGUCCACAUGGACCUACACGGACAUUUUAUCCCUGCAGCCGUCUGACACACCGGCUGGAUUCUUUAUUUAUUCCUUUAUGUAACUUAUGUAGCAUUCUGCUUCUGUGAUGGAGUCUCUCUUUAAUGUGCCGUUUAAUGCACUGGACACGAAGAAAGCAAAUAGAAAAGGCACUUUUUUAAGGGUCUGGAAUGUCGGAAGGACCCUCAUGUUAAUUUUCUCAAAUAAAUCACAUUUUGAGGAGCUAAACUCAACAAACUGCAUUGUCAAAAAAGAAAAAGAGGUUUUCUAGAAGCAUUUUGUGGGUUUUUGUUGUUUUUUUCUACAUCCACAAGUGCAAAAGCCAUAAAAAGAUGAAUUACUUUUAUUACAGAUAUUAACCAUAAAAUGGAAGUUGAAAUGUGCAAGUUAAUUUAUUAUAGAUUAAAAAGAAAAAAUAUUUAAUUGCUUAAUGGUUGAAUGUUAAAUUACAGUGUUGUUAUAUGUAAAUUAUAUGUAAAUAUCUAAAAAAUAUACACAUCAUAUUGCUGAAUGUAAACUGAAGGCAACUUUUUUUUUUAAAGUUAAACUUAAAAUUGAAUGUAAAAAUAAAUUUGAAACGUUGUAAAAGCAGAAAAAAGUCCCAAAAGUCCUAUUAUAUUAAUUUACAGAUUUCAACUUCCAUUUUAUGAUUAAUAUUAUAUGCAAGUGGGAUUUUUAAUAUGAUAUAAUCCUGUUCUAUGUAAUCCUGACUACAGAAUCCUGAAUUCUUGGUCAUUUUGCAAUAUUUUGUAGGUUUACAGUUUUGCUCUGCUCACAUUGUGCUGUAUUUCUUUUCGUCCACCUCUGUCAUAUUGUAUGUGUGUUUUAAGUAUACGUUUUGGACGGGUUGAUGGCUGAUUUCAUUCUCCUAGUACUUGUUACUCUGUCAGAUUCAGAUACAGAUUCUCCUUUAUUGUCAUUGCACAGUGAUAGAGGAUGUGUGUUUGUGGAGCCAGCAGAGGGUGCCCUGUUUCAAAUUCUGAAAAAAUGACAGUAAGUUUUUAAAUAAAUUCUUGAGGCCUUUCUUCUCCUCUAUGCCCUAAAUGUAAAAUAGAGAUAGGCAGUCUAAGUCAUUGCUUCUGGUCCUGCAGGAAUAUACAAACGUUCUGGCACAUGGUGGGGAAGGAGAUUAAUAGGAUUUUAUCUAAGAAUCUGCUAUGUGACCCAUUAUGCAUGUUGCUUGGGAUAUCAAAUUACUUUUUUGUUGAUAAAUAUGAGAAUAAAUUGAACAAAAUGUUAACUUUCUGUGCUAGAAAAUGUAUUCUAUUAAACUGGAUAACAGAUAAAGCUCCCUCUAGAACACAAUGGCAUGUUAUAAUAGAAUAUAUAUAUAUAUAUAUAUAUAUAUAUAUAUAUAUAU